AUGAGGACAGACAAACCCUCGACGCUCAGCUCCGAGAGCACCGGACUGUCACUGAGCGCCGACACCGAUCGCGCUCCCACACCUGUCCCGGUCCCCUCCUCCGCCGCCUCCGCUGCGACCCUCGCUCCCGCCACCGCCUCUACACCCGCCACCGCACCCCAAGCCCCCUCUCUCGUUCCCCCAGAGGCGGCGGAGUCGCGCCCGUCGAUGGACGCCGGCGUCACCGCCGAGCUUUCCGCGCCAACCAACGAGUCACUACGCGACAAGAACGAUUUGGCCAGCUCUGACGCCAUGGACAACUCCAAGGGGAACAAGGACAGAUCCAAAGGCCCUUACCAGUCCCCCGCUCCUGCAGCCCGCGUCCCGGCUCUCGGUGUCAACGACGUUGUGCCCCCAAGCUACGAUGCGGCGUGCGCCGACCCCGCCGACGACGAAGUCCCCUACAACCCCGCCGAAGACAUGCACUGGGCGACGCGCGUGAACUCUGAAGGCCGGAUCGACGUGGAUGUCGACCUCGCAUCCGUCCCCACCGUUCCCCCGAGCGAAUACGGCGGCGAGCUAGACCUGGACACGCUACGUUCCGACGAGUGCCCGCCGCUCAACAUCGUGAUCUUCAUCGUCGGCUCGCGCGGCGACGUACAGCCCUACCUUGCGCUGGCACUCGAGCUGAUCCGCACGCGCGGGCACCGUGUGCGCAUAGCGACGCACGCAGUCUUCGCCGAGCUGGUCCAACAAGCCGCGGCGCGCCUCGACACGCCCUGCCUCGACCACUACGAUAUCGGCGGCAGCCCCGAAGAGCUGAUGAGCUACAUGGUGCGCAACCCCGGCCUCGUGCCGGGCCUGAGCGCGCUCGCGAACGGCGACAUCUCGCGCAAGCGGCGCAUGGUCAAGGAAAUGCUUGUGGGGUGCUACCUCUCCUGCUUUUCGCGGGGCGGCGACGACUUUGCCGCCGACGCAAUCAUCAGCAACCCGCCGGCGUUCGCACACAUCCACGUCGCCGAGGCCCUCGGCAUCCCCCUCCUCAUGUCGUUCACCAUGCCGUGGACGCCUACCACGGCGUUCCCGCACCCCCUCGUCGCAGCCAACAGCGCCUCGGACCGCAGCUUGAACAACUACGCCUCCUUCCUCCUCGCCGACGCGCUGAUGUGGCAGGGCCUCGGCGACCUCAUCAACCACUUCCGCUACGCGGUGCUCGGCCUGCGCCCGCUGACGCUCACGAGUGGCCCGCUGGUGCUGCAGCGCCUCCAAAUCCCCUACACGUACGCGUGGAGCGAACACCUCCUCCCAAAACCGAAGGACUGGGAGAGGAACAUGGACGUCGUGGGCUUCUACACCAUGGACAGUGAUACGGAGUACAGUCCCGACGCCGCGCUCGCCGCCUUCCUCGCAGCCGGCGAGCCCCCCGUGUACUUUGGCUUCGGCUCGGUGGUUGUCGACAAACCCGACCAGCUGACAAGUACGCCCCUCGCAUGCGGCGCUGACGCAGACAUCAUCUUAAACACGGUGGCGCGCACCGGCAUCCGCGCGCUAAUCAGCGCCGGAUGGGCGGACCUCGGCGCCGACAACCUCCCGCCGGGCGUGCACGUCAUCCGCGGCAACGUGCCGCACGACUGGCUCUUCGCGCGCGUCUCCGCCGUCUGCCACCACGGCGGGGCGGGGACGACCGCGGCCGGCCUGGCGCUCGGCGCGCCGACAAUCGUCGUCCCCUUCUUCGGCGACCAAUGGUGCGGCUCCGCCUGCAUUUCUGACGCAAGGUUCUGGGGCAACGCAGUACACCAUGCGGGCGCGGGCCCCGCGCCCGUGCCGUACGCCGCGCUGACGGUCGACGCGCUCGCGGCCGCGGUGGGCGUCGCGCUCGCGCCCGAGACGCGCGCGGCCGCGCGCCGCAUCGGCGCACAGAUACGGCGCGAAGACGGCGUCGCAGACGGCGUGCGCAGCUUCCACUCCCACCUCCCACUCUUGAACAUGCGGUGUGAUGUCGACGAGACGCGGGCGGCGCUGUGGUGGUGCGAGGCGACGCAGACGCGUCUCAGCGGACGCGUGGCCGCCGUGCUCGUCGACGAGCGCAUACUGGCGUGGCGCGACCUCGUGCCGCAUCGCGCGGUCGACUACGACUCGUCGCGGCACUACACGGACCCGUUCGCGAGUUUCGGGCAGAGCGUGCUGAACCUCGGCGCGAUGAGCGUCGGGAGUGCCGGCGAGCUGUUCUACGCCCCCGCGCGCGGCCUCGGCGGCCUCGUAUGGGGCGUGCCAAAAGCGUCCUUUGACGUCGUCUCCUCCCUGCAGGAAGGCCUGGAAAACGUGCCGGGCAUGAUGGGCGCACACGCGCGGCGGCGCGGCAAAGUCGACUCGCUCGCCGCGGGCGUGCAAGAGGGCGCAAAAGGCCUCGCGUUCGGGCUGUACGACGGCCUCACGGGCCUCGUCACCGAACCCUAUCGCGGCGCGGUGCGCGGCGGCGUCGACGGCCUCGUCAAAGGCGCAUUCAAUGGCGUCGUGUCCCUCGGCCCGCGCCUCGCGGGCGCCGGCCUCGGCCUCGUCGUGCAUCCCGCGACGGGCGCGUUUCGCGGGCUGCGCACGCGCCUCGGCAACGCCGGGCUGCUCGAGCGCAGCGUGUUGUCGGGCCCGCGGCAGGCGGCGAGCGCGGCGGCCGCGCGCGGCGUGAGCGCGCGCGAGCGCGCGGAGAUUAUUACGGCGUGGGCGCGGCUGUGCGCGCCGUCCGCGACGGAGGCGCGGCGCGAGGAGCACGAGGCGCGGCGCGCGGCCAACGAGCGCAGGCUGCUCGCGAGCGUGCGCGGGGGCGAGAGCCCGACCGCCAAGGCUCAGGCCAAGGAGGCGUCGUUGGCCUCGCUUGCCACGCGCGGGAGCGGGCGGUCGGGCAGUGACGCGCUUAGUACCGCCUCGACGCGCGAAAAGGCUGCACGGUGGGUUGAGGUGCACGCGAGACCGCAGGGCCCGGGGUCCGAGACGAGGGAGAGCUCCGCUACGCCCCCGAGUGCCAGCACCGCUGACGUCGCGCACGCGGGCACGGAGCGGUGGGAUAGCGAAUCAGGCUUGGGGAUCGGAUCGGGUACGACGUCGACUGCGGCGUCGACUGUCGAGUCAGCGGAGAGGAGACCGUUGUGGAAGAGCAAAGAGCGCAAGGCGAAGAACAGGAGCCGUAACUAGGUCAGAGUCGUAAGGAGGUCAGAGAGACAUGAUAUGCACGCUUCUCAUGCC